AAUUCAGCUCAGCUCUAGGAGAAGAUCGCUCUCCUCCUCCGCGAGGUCACCUCCCGGCCACAGUGUGGCAUCCCAGGAGGUCGUCCGCAAAGUCCAGAAGUGGAGAGAUACAAAGAGAUAUAAAAGAGGAAAGCUUCCGGCAUUUCCAUUCCGCGUCCCUUUGCACUUUAAGAACCCCCUCAAUUACCCACCCCUACCUCCACGCUCCGCACGUGCUAAGCUUCAGUGUCCCUCUCCCUCAGAUUCACUUCUCUCCCUCACCUCCCCCUAAGUCAGGGCAGAGUUUUGCCUCCCAGGGCAGAGGCAGGGCGGUCUUCGGGCGCGGAGCCCCGCCUGCCCCGCCUCUUUUCUCCUCCCAGUUUCUCCUCUUUGCCUCCCCUGGCUUCUCAACGGGACACACAAACUCCCUCCCUCACGUACACGCACACAUACUCUCAGACUCACCCCGGGUCUCUCCUGGGGCUGCGCCCCUCCUGCGCCGGGUGCGCAGGGCCUGUAAUAGCGCUUGCCGGCUUGGGCUUGGGCGCAGAGGCAGAAUGCAGAGCCAGCCAAGGGAGCAUCUUUACAAGCUGCUGGUGAUCGGCGACCUGGGCGUGGGCAAGACCAGCAUCAUCAAGCGCUAUGUGCACCAGAACUUCUCCUCCCACUACCGGGCCACCAUCGGAGUGGACUUCGCCUUGAAAGUCCUCCAGUGGGACCCGGAGACCGUGGUGCGCCUGCAGCUCUGGGACAUCGCGGGCCAAGAAAGAUUUGGAAAUAUGACAAGGGUCUAUUACCGAGAAGCCAUGGGAGCAUUUAUAGUCUUUGAUGUCACCAGGCCAGCCACUUUCGAGGCAGUGACAAAGUGGAAAAGUGACUUGGAUGCCAAAUUAACUCUCCCCAAUGGCAAACCGGUAUCUGCAGUUCUUUUGGCCAACAAGUGCGAUCAAGGGAAGGAUGUGCUCCUCAACAAUGGACUCAAGAUGGACCAGUUCUGCAAGGAAAAUGGUUUUGUAGGAUGGUUUGAAACAUCAGCAAAGGAAAAUAUAAACAUUGAUGAAGCCUCCAGGUGCCUGGUGAAGCACAUACUGGCCAAUGAGAGUGACCUGACACAGUCGGUGGAAACAGAUGUGGUGAAGCCAAAUCUUUCUCCCUCCAGAGUCUCCAGCUGCUCCGGCUGUUCCAGGUCCUAGGCCAGUUCUCCUAGGCCCGUUCUGGUGGGAAUCUCUCAAGGGCGAUACUGUGGCUCCAUCUGCUGUGACUGGAUAUUUAUUGUUUCCGUUGAAUGCCAGGAUUCUGCACCAAGAUCUGCCCAUGUGUCCUGCAAGAGAGAAAACUCCAUUGAUUGUUUUCAAAGAUCACCAACACAGUGUUUACAAGUUUUCAGAAAAUUGAGUGUUUUACAAGCUCCUACUCCCUGCUGGUCCUCCCCACCCAUCAGGUUAGAGCCUCCUGGUCCUCAGCUUUUUGUAGAUGGGCAGCUGCCCAUUGUCUGCCGGGCCUUUGAAAGGCUUCAGCCUGCUCUUCAGAGAGGGCAGGAAUCUCAGAAACACCCUGCCAGGGCUUCUGGGUAUCAGUGCCAAAAAAGGUCAUGUCUGCCUUUGAAUCUUCCCCUUCCCUGGCCCCAGUAGUGGAAAACCAAGUUACAGACCUCUCCCUCUAAAAGCUUUUCUACAUGCUUCUUCCUACUCAAGUUGUGGGGUGAAUAUUUGACUUAGAGUAUGUAUAUAUAAUAUUGUUUUUUCUCAAGUGGAAAAUAAAACAUGGAAAUAUAUAA